UCUCUCUGUUAUCUGGUCUGCUGCCGUUCCAGCGACCGGGGAGGGAGGAAAUGGCCGGCGGCGGCAAAGGCGGCCGCUCACUCGAAGAAACGCCCACCUGGGCUGUUGCAGUCGUCUGCUUCCUGCUCGUUCUCGUCUCCAUCCUCAUUGAGCACUCCAUCCACCUCGUAGGACAGUGGCUAACUAAGAAGCACAAGCGUGCUCUCUGUGAAGCACUGGAGAAGCUUAAAUCCGAGUUGAUGCUGUUGGGGUUCAUAUCUUUGUUGCUUACGGUGGGACAAGCACCGCUAUCGGAAAUCUGUAUAUCAGAACGGCUAGGGAGAACCAUGCUUCCUUGUGUCAAGGAGAAGACUUCUGGUAACAAGGAAGGCUUCAAGGGCAGUGACGACGGUGAGGGCAAAGUAUACAACGAUGAGGUUGUCGGACGGAAACUCUUGUGGAGUGAAGCUCCGGGGGUCGAUUUCCGUCGGAUCCUUGCCGGAGGAGGCGGCGGUUCGGACAAAUGCGCACGCAGGGGAAAAGUGCCGCUGAUCUCGUCAAAGGCAAUAAGCCAGCUUCAUUAUUUCAUAUUCGUCUUGGCUGUUUCUCAUGUGAUGUACUGCAUAGCCACCAUGGCUCUAGGCAGAGCAAAGAUGAAAAGAUGGAAACUUUGGGAGAAAGAGUGUCAAACCAUGGAAUACCAACUCUCACAUGAUCCUCAGAGAUUCAGAUUUGCUAGGGAAACAACGUUUGGGAGAAGGCACUUGCAUUUUUGGAGUAGGACACCAGUUCUUAUAUGGAUUGUCUGCUUCUUCAGACAGUUUGUGAGGUCAGUUCCCAAGGUUGACUAUCAGACAUUGAGACACGGUUUUAUUAUGGCCCACCUUGCUCCUUACAGUACGAAAAGGUUUGAUUUUCAGAAAUACAUCAAACGAUCACUUGAAGAAGACUUCAAAGUCGUGGUCGGGAUAAGCCCAAUUAUUUGGUUAUUUGCAGUCCUAUUUCUCCUCUUCUACACUCAUGGUUGGUACUCCUACUAUUGGCUGCCCUUCAUCCCUCUCUUUAUAAUUCUCUUGGUGGGGACUAAGCUUCAAGUGGUGGUAACAAGGAUGGGGCUAGAGAUUCAAGGUGACGGCGACGUCAUCAAGGGAGUCCCGGUCGUCCGUCCGGCCGAUCACCUCUUUUGGUUCAACCGGCCACGUUUGAUACUUUAUAUCAUCCAUUUUGUUCUCUUCCAGAACGCCUUUCAGCUUGCUUUCUUCGUGUGGGCAUGGUAUGAAUUCGGCUUGCGUUCCUGCUUCCAUGAGAACAAAGGUGACAUUAUCAUUCGCCUUUCCAUGGGAAUCUUGAUUCAGAUCCUCUGCAGCUACGUUACUUUACCUCUUUAUGCACUAGUGACGCAGAUGGGAUCCAACAUGAAGCCGACAAUCUUUGAUGAGCGUGUGGCCGAUGCCUUAAGGAGAUGGCACAACGGUGCAAGGAAGCACAUAAGGGAGAGCAGGAAGCUGCCACCACCAUCACCAGGCUCCGCCACCACUCUGGCGGCCACGCCAGGGAGGGGGUCCAGCGACACUUCACCUCUUUGUCCUCCGUACCUCUUACGCCAUGGCCGCAGCGUUUGGGAUAGUUCAGGGAUAUCUUCGAGUGUUGGCAAGUUGGAGAGACAGGUGGCUGACCGGAGCUCUGCUUCUGGUUCAAACCGCAGUACCAAUCAUGGUCGCCAUGAUGAGGGUUCCUUUUCUCACCAGCAUCGCAGGCAUGACGAAGUUGAACCGAUCCCCAGUUUCAGAAAAGAGAUGGAGCUGCAGAAGGUCGAGCAGUCUGCAGCAGCGGAGCAGUUCAAUGAGGUUGAUCAUGACAGUAAAAGUGAAUUCCCUUUUGAAAAAUCUGAUACAAGAACUCAAAUUGGCAGUGGUGGAUCCUCAUGAUCAAUUCGCAAGUACCAACACUUACAAAAGGUUUUGGUUUUCACCCUUGUGGAGUAAUGGGCGAGGCAAUAUGCUCGCGGCUUGUGUCACUAACAUGUGAUCGAUGUAACAGUGGAGAUGCUCGAGAUGUUAAAGCAGGAAACUUUGGCUUCAACAAAUUGAACCUAUUCACUAUUAAUCUAACACAUUUCCCUCAAAAAGGAAAAGACAGACUUCGUUCUCUGCUACUUAGUUUUUUGCAUCUUCUUCAU